ACCAGAAGAUAACCAUUUUUCUUCAGACUAGCAGCCAGGGCACUGCUCACGAAGAAGGAAACCCUGGGAGGGAAGAACUUGGGGAACGAGAGGACACAAGAAUCUCUGCAGCUGCUUAUGUAUGUAGGCAAAAUGAAGCUGAAUCUGGUGCAGAUCUUUUUCAUGUUGCUGAUGCUGCUGCUGGGCCUGGGGAUGGGCCUGGGGUUGGGACUUCAUAUGGCUGCAGCAGUCUUGGAGGAGAGUGAUCAACCGCUCAAUGAAUUUUGGUCCAGUGACUCACAGGACAAAGCUGAGGCCACUGAGGAGGGAGACGACAUCCAAACCACAGAAACGCUGGUGCUUAGCAACAAAGAAGUGGUGCAACCUGGCUGGCCAGAAGAUCCCAUCCUCGGUGAAGAUGAGGUUGGGGGUAACAAGAUGCUCAGAGCCUCAGCGCUCUUUCAGAGCAACAAAGACUAUCUUAGGCUUGACCAGACAGAUAGAGAAUGCAAUGAUAUGAUGGCACACAAGAUGAAGGAGCCCAAUCAGAGUUGCAUAGCCCAGUAUGCAUUCAUCCAUGAAGAUCUAAACACAGUCAAAGCUGUCUGUAACAGUCCUGUCAUUGCCUGUGACCUCAAGGGGGGAAAAUGUCACAAAAGCUCCCGACCUUUUGAUUUGACAUUGUGCGAGCUGUCCAAACCAGACCAGGUCACUCCUAACUGCAAUUACCUAACUUCUGUUAUAAAAAAGCACAUUAUUAUAACCUGUAAUGACAUGAAGCGCCAGUUACCAACUGGACAAUGAAGCAACUCAUCUUUUUUCUCUUCACCUUCUCCUGUUCCUCUUCCUUUUUUACUUCUUCUUUCUCAUAUAGUUCUCCUGAUCUUAGGUAUUAUGCAGAUGUAAUUCUUCCUUGCCCUAUGGGUCACCCAACUUGCAUUUUGUUCCUAGGAUUAGAGAUGGUAGGAUAAGGUGAUGAUGCCUAGUUUCUCUAAGCUCUCUGCCUCUCCUUUCCCUUACCCUGGAAAGGAGUAAGUGAAGAGCUGCUGUAGUCCGUACUGUAGUCCUGGCCAUCCAUUUGUUUCCUGCUCUGCUCUGAGUUUGUCUCUGGAUGUGGACUGGAAGAGUUUAGUGUAUCCUUUACCCAUGUUCUUCCCUGCUACCCACCCUGAGCCUCUACAACAAUCACAUAAGACUCUUGGGUUUUGCACAACUGCACUUCUCUAUCGUGGAUGAAGUUAAAGUGAUUCUAUCUGUAAUGGCUUCUGGAGGACCAUGUGGAACAGGCUUCCUUUUCCGAGCUUGGAAAAAUUUAGGGCCUAGAUAUGGGGGUCUGCUGGGGAGGUGGUGUGGUGCUGUAGAGCAAGAUAGAAGAUGGGCUGGAGCAAGAAUAGAACUCUUUUUUCUUGACCCUUCGCUGCCCUUUUCUCUUUCAUCCCAUCUUUUACUACCAGCCUCCUUGCUUUGCUUCUUGUUUUCAUCUCUUACCUUUGCUUUUGUCCUUUGCUUCUUUUUCUCCUUCACUUUCUCUGUUCUCCUUUUCCUCUUCUUUUUCUUUUUGGGCCCACUCUUCUCUUUAUCUGGAUCCUUUUAGAGAUUCAGUCAGCUGAUGCUGAUCACUUAUGCUAUGUUGGUCCUAUAGUCAGUCAUGCAAGCAGAUGUUCGUCCUAUAGUCAGAGUCUGGCACAGGGAGUUAGAGGGGGGGUGGGUCAAGGGAAUGAGAAAAAGAGAGAGGAAAAGAGAGAAAGAGAAAGAGAGAGUGAGAAAUCUUUUUUGAAUUAUGUCCAGAAGCAGAAUAGUGCUCAUAUUAGGUGCCCAGUAGAUGUGGGAUGAAUGGGAUGGGAGACAGUCUUUUUCUCAUUUAGCAUCGUUUCCGCUUUAUUGCUCUAAAGAACAAGAAAGUUAGUGAAAGAAUAAUUUCAGCAGAGAAGGUAUCAAACUUAAUCAAGGAGAAGAGAAGCUGUGUGGCUGGAUACACAGAAGAUGCAAGUGGCUGCCCUCAGCCUAUUUCCUGUAAAUUCAAAUGAGAAAUAGUGUAGUUAGUCAUGCAUAGGGAGAAGAGGAAUCUGAGAACAUAGCUGUAAGGAUUCACCGUGUGACUGAAUUUUGAGAUUUUCUUCCCCUGGAGUUUUUCUCUGCUUCACAUUCCUAGACUAUUAUAGAUCCAAGUCAGGGAGAUACGUAAAUGGGAGACUGAAGGGAAGAACGGUUUGCUUUACUCUGACCUGGCUUGCAUUUUCCUGUUCUUUCUUUCUUUAUUCUCCAGUUUACUGUAUCCUUCCUGUUUUCACAGACAGGCAACCACUUUAGUAUCCUCCUAGACGUCCCUGAUUCAAUAUAUGCCUUAUACCUCUGACUCACUUCCAGCAAUAACCUCUUAGGAACAGUGUUGUCUCCCAGGGAAUUCUAAUAAUAGUGGACAGGAGGUAUGUCUCCAUCUGUGGGCUGCCCUGAUGUUUUAGAGGUGGUAAUGAAGUGGUGAAAGGUGAUGACCCAGCCAAGGCAGAUUCCUAUGCUUCCUGAGGGCGAAUCCCUCUCUGGGGAAAGAGGCAAAAGAUUAUCUAAGGCAAGGGGGAAAAAAUGAGAAAUGGGAUGGGAAGAUGGGAAAGAAGAAUAGGUGUCAGAGAAAAUCGGCCAUGUUAGCAAUCUGUCUGGUAGGUAAACCGAGGAUUUAGGAAUGAAAUGUGCAAGAUCUCCAUUGUAUGGAGUGAAUUAUUAAGAGAAUGGAAUUAGCCAGGGAUUAAAGCCUAUAUUCUCUAGU